AUGUGUACUACGGCUACUACCAUCCCUCACCCCUCCAAAGCCCGUCCUAUCGUCAUCAUUGGCGCGGGCAUUCUAGGUCGCCGCAUCGCCGCCGUCUUCUCAUCUGCCGGCUAUAGCGUGCACAUCAGCGAUCCAUCGCCCUCUGCCCUUGACUCUGCAAGAACUUACAUCUCGACGCACAUCCACGAGUUCACUACCCAUAUCCCUCGUCCUUCUUUAUCUCCGGGCCGAAUCUCAACCUUUACCUCCGUCCCCGAAGCAGUCGCCACAGCCUGGCUCAUCGUCGAAGCCGUUCCUGAGAUCCUGCCCAUAAAGCAAUCCCUCUUCGCAGACCUCCACGCCCACAGUCCAGCAGACUGCAUCCUUGCAUCGAACAGCAGCAGUUACAAAUCCCGUCUCAUAGGCGGUCAUCUACCACUGUCACGACGGGUCCUUCUGCUCAACAUGCAUUUCACUAUGCCGCCGGCUAUCCGUACCGUGGAGCUAAUGACCUGCGGGGAUACGGACGAGCGGGUAUUCCCCAUGCUCAGUGGGGUGUUGAGUGAGUGUGGAGUUAUUCCGGUGACGGCACGGAAAGAGUCCACGGGGUUUAUCUUCAAUCGUCUCUGGGCGGCGAUUAAGCGUGAGAUUCUGAUGAUUUUGGCGGAGGGGGUGAGUGAACCCAAGGAGAUUGAUCUGUUGUGGAGGGAGAUGUUCGGUAGGAAGGAGAGUUUGCCGCCGUGUCGGUUGAUGGAUGCGGUUGGGCUGGAUACGGUGGCUGAUAUUGAGGAGAAUUAUGUGCGGGAGAGGGGACUGGAUGGACAGUUGACGGUGGAUUGGGUGAGGGAGAGAUUUGUGAGUGUUGGGAAGGUCGGGAGGAAGGCUGAGGGAUUGGGAGGGUUGUAUCCUCCUGACUCUACUGAGGACGUGAAUGGGGAGACGGAGGGAGAAGGGCCUCUGCUCUAUCUUCUUGAUGUUGGGUUGGGAGCAAAUACACCUGAUAUCGAGAAGGUUUCUACCGCUGGGAGGAUACUGAAGUUCCAGCCGGGCACCACUGGCAUGCCCGUCCCCAUUAUCACAGGCCAGUCUCUCCCCGAUGGAAUUGACGUGUCCCAGACGGCAGGACGCAUUUUCUGGACGAAUAUGGGGCAGUCGACAUCCACGCACGACGGAUCCGUGCACUCGGCGACACUAGAUGGCCAGAAUAUAUGCACCCUCCUCCCAGCAGGGACAGUGCAUACGCCAAAGCAGCUUGUUGUCGACGACACAACGCAACACGUGUAUUUCUGUGAUCGCGAAGGGAUGAGCGUGCAUCGGGUGAGGUUUGACGGCACCGGUCAUGAGGUUUUGGUACAGACAGGAGCACUUGAUAACACCGCCCACCGCCGGGAUAUGACGCGGUGGUGUGUAGGGAUUGCAUUGGACCGAAAGAACAGACAUGUGUAUUGGACGCAGAAGGGGCCGAGUAAAGGUGGGAAGGGCCGGAUAUUCCGUGCUGGCUUGGACGUGCCGGCUGGACAGACGGCGGACUGUCGGGAUGAUGCUGAAAUGGUGCUGGAGGGAUUGCCGGAGCCGAUUGAUCUGGAGUUUGACGAGGAGGAUGGGAUGCUGUAUUGGACGGAUCGGGGGGAGCAUCCGUGGGGUUGCUCAUUGAAUAGGGUCAAGGUUGUUGGCGGUAAGGUGGUGGUGAAGUCGAGGGAGAUUCUGGCAAGGCAUUUUAAUGAGCCUAUUGGGUUGAAGGUGGAUAGGAAGGGAAGAAAGGUAUAUGUUGCUGAUCUGGGAGGGAGUGUGUAUUGGGUUGAUUUGCAGGAUGGGGAGAAGAAGGUGGUGUGCAGGGAUGAGGGGUGUUAUACUGGGGUUGCGUUGAUUAGUGCAGCAGAGAGGGAGUAG